UUGACUAGAAUAAAAAAAAAUAGAAAGAGUUGACAACAUCGCGGAUAAAAUUGUGGUAUGCACAAUUGUAUGUAUGUAUACUUCAGUAUUAAUGUACCCCGCUUUUCUAAAUAGAUAUUCGUUAUGGCAGUAGAUUUCAAUAUUGAAAUCAGAAAAAAACAAUUAGAAAGUUUAGAUCACUUUGUUACUUGCUCUAGGGAGAAAGUACAAUCAAUUAUGAAAUGUUUGGGUUGGUCAGUUGACAAAAUUCAAGAAGAGCAGAGACUUUUCGUCACUUGUCCAUAUAAUGACAAUCAUAAAGUACCUGCAGAGAAAACUGAUGAUCAUAUAAAUAAAUGUAAAAUCAAGAGUGCAGGCUAUAAUUUACAAGAGGAAUUUCUUUCUGAACCAAUAAAAUCAGAAGGAGGAACUAUAGAAAUCGGAAAAGAUAAGAAAAUAGAUAUACUGUGCCAAGCUGUUUCACAAAAACCCUUCUUCCAGACAGCAUGGAAUGGAAAAGAUCCAGACCCUCAGACCUACAGCCGUUUAAUUUCAACAUUUUCUUGUGAUGAACGUUUGGUACUAUAUGAUCAUUGUGUAGCCAACACUAAAGGCCCAUUAGAGCUUCCAGAAUUUGAUACUUCUAUUGAGAGGGAUGAGAAGAGAGAUUCUGAAUUUACCAAAGAAGCUUUGAAAUCUUUUGAACGGGAUAUGAAAAGAAGGAGUGUGAAAUAUAAACCAAUUCACACUAAUCACAAAAAUUACAAAGAAGUAUUACGAGAAUUGAUAGAUUCUCAAAUGCAGCAAUAUAGUGAUUGGCUAGAGCAUGUUAAUGGUUCUAAGGGGCCUCACACUCCUGAGGAUUUCUAUACUCAAAAAUCUAUUGAAGAAGAUGAAGCACCAGAGAUUCAGGAUAACAGUCAAGAACACAUUGAUAGACCCCAUUCUUCUAUCAGUAAAAUCAGCAAUAAUUCUUCUGGAUCACAUAGUACAAAAGGUAAUAGACAUACCAGAACAUCCCAUUCUGAUUUUCAAUUGAGUAAUGGAAGCAAAAACCAUUAUAAUAAAGACAGCCACUCAAAUUAUUUCUGUCAAAGUUUUAAAAGUAAAAAUAAAUAUAUGCAUCAUGACGAAGAUUCUCAAGAAUCUAAUAGUAUUAGUAAAGUUUCUUCAAUUGACAUGGAUAGCUCUUGUGAAAAUAAUGAGAGUACCUCAAGAAAUCAUUCAAGAGAUUCAUCCAUCCAAAGGUCUUACAAGCAUAAAGAUAAGGGUACUAGGUAUGAGGAUAGGAGACAUAAAUCUAGAAGUAAUAAUGGAGAUCGUAGAAAAAGAGAUCAUAGUAGUGGUAGCAGUAGACACAGUUCAAGAAGCCAUAAAUCUAAAGAAGAUAGAUAUCACAAGCAUCAUUCUAGAGAAAAAUAUAGAAGACAUAAGAGUUAUUACGAAGACACUUAGUGUUCAUUGUUUUGUCUUGUUAAAUAGUUAUUAAAUGUAAUAUUUCUUA